AUGCUCCAAGCAAACUACACUGUGUGGAAGACAUUGACUCAAAAAGCAUCUAGCAUUGGUAGAGAUGAAUAUACAAAGACCAUUGCAGCUUCGGAUGAGUGGUGGGCAUUGGAGAUAAAGGUAAAUCCGGUGGCUGCCAAGUUCCGAUAUGCUCCACUACCUGAGGAGAAAAGAAUGAGAGAGGUGUUUGAUGCUUGUUGUGUCACAAAUGAGCAUGCUAGGGUGCCAAUUCCCACAUAUCAGAGUGGUUCAUCUUGCUUCAAUGAUUCACGUUGUGAAAGCCAUGAUGUCGAAGCUACACCUCGCCCAAAGCGUGCCAAGAGUGGGAAGAAGAUGCCAUGUUUUUAUUCGCCAAGUCCUAGGAUGAAUGAGAAGUGGUCAAAUGAAACUAUUAAAACUGAUGCACUUGUGCAUAUGGUUGACCUCUUUGGUGCAAGGGAAAAGAGAAAGGGAAACUCUAGAGAGGAUAGAACAAGAAAGGAGAUUGGAGACAUGAUGGACAUGAUGUUUGAGGAUGGUGCUAAACCUGGGAGUGAUGUGCAUUUCUAUGCUUCCAUAUUAUGUUGGAAAAGAAAUAUCAUGAUAUUUUCAUAA